AUGGACGAAUAUAUUGGUGUUAUUUUUCAUCAUGGGGGAUACUUUAUUGAUGAAAAGUAUGUGGGGGAGGGUGAAGAAAUAGGGCAUGUGGUGGACAAAGACCAUUUCUCUUUGCCCGAGCUUGUGUCCUACAUAAAAGAGACCCCUGAAAUGCGCUACAACUCUGUUGGUGGGUUAUUUGUUCUAUUUCCUAAAACUCAGAAGUUCUUUCCAAAUGAAAAUGACUACCAACUACUAAAUUUGAUUAAAGACCUAAAGGAUGGGGAUCGCUUUGAUGUCUGUGUGAGUCAUGCAAUAGAUAAUUUAGAGGUUGUGGAAGAGGAUGUAGUUGUGGGAUAUUUACCUUCCUCACAAGUUGGUGAUAGUGACCAGGCUACAGAAAUUAGGGGUGGUCUAGGGGCUAGUGUAGAUGUUGGUGAGGGGGCUGAUUUAAAAGUUGAUGAGGGUAUUGGUGUAAAUUGUAAUGAGGGUAUUGGAGUAACAACUGAUGAGGGCAAUGGAGUAAAUACUGAUGAUGGCAUUGGAGUAAAUUGUGAGGAGGGUAUUGGAGUAAAUGCUGAUGAGGAUAUUGAAGUAAAUACAUCACAGUUCAUGAGUUGCAAGAGGUUGCUGGACUAUGCUGACAUGAUUAAGUCCACCAAUCCUGGAAGUUCAUGUUGGGUGAGAACUGAUACAGAAACAGUUCCUGGAAAACAUCUAUUUAAAUACUUUUAUGUAUUCUUUGAGGCUAUGAAGAAGGGAUGGAUAGCAGGUUGUAGAAGAAUAAUAGGUUUUGAUGGCUGUUUCCUAAAGGGAGUCUGCAAAGGUGAAUUGUUAGUGGCUGUUGGAAAAAAUGGAAACAAUCAGAUGUAUCCCAUUUCUUGGGCUUUGGUAGAUCAAGAGACUACACAUUCAUGGAGUUGGUUCAUCAACUAUCUCAAAACUGAUUUAGAGUUGAGGAAUGGUGAAGAUUUAACAGUAAUGUCUGACAUGCAAAAGGUACUGGACUGUCAUCUGCUGUUGCUGAUUUGCUACCCUUUGCUGAAAGAAGAAUGUGUGCAAGACACAUUUGGGCAAACUGGCAGAAAACUUAGAGGGGAGAGGAAAGAAGGAAGCAGUUUUGGAGAUGUGCUAAGGCUCCAUUUCAGGGCUUAUUUCAAUGAGAAUGUUAGAUGUGAUAUUGUAGAAAAUAACAUGUGUGAAACAUUUAAUUCCUGGAUAUUAAGUCCUAGGCGUAAAUCUGUCAUCACUAUGCUUGAAGAAAUUAGGCACAAAAUGAUGAGUAGGAAAGUUGAUAUGAUCAAGUUUGUUGAAACAUGGGCUUCUGAUAUAUCACCUAUGGCAAGACUAGUUUUAGAGGAGAACAAGGAAAUAGGAAGGAAGUUAAAAGUACAGUGGAAUGCUGACACUGGAUUUGAAGUGAAUGAAGGCAUGUAUAGGCACACUGUUGAUAUACAAAAAAGAGAAUACAGCUGCAGGUUAUGGCGGUUAAGAGGUAUACCAUGUCAACAUGCAAUAUGUGCCUUUAAUAAGAUUGGGAAGGAAGCAGAAGACUAUGUUGAACACUAG